CCUACAGGGCCCUUUAAGGGGUGUUCACACACACACACACCCCACACCCCCUCUGCAGCAGAGGCCGGUUUUGAACCGCCUUUACCCCAAAAAAAGGAGACUCGGGAGGCUGGAGAGAAGGGAGGCGAGGAGGUUUCCAAAAGUUGUGUGUGUGAGAGAGAGAGAGAGAGACCUCCUCUGAGGGGGGGGGUUGUAUGUGUGUGUCCCUCUGAAAUCCCCCAGGGAAGUGGGUCAGGUGUGUGUGUGUGUUUGGGGGGGAGGAAGGCCUCCCCCUUCUAGGGCAACCCUGAGCCAUGGCCACCCGGCGUUUAACAGACGCGUUCUUGUUGUUGCGGAACAACGCCAUCCAAAGCCGGCAGCUGCUGGCGGAGCAAGUGAGUAGUUACAGCAAAUCCAGCCCUCUGACUUCACGUAGCAUGGCUGCUGCGGAGCUGGACGAGCUUGCAGAUGAUCGCAUGGCACUGGUAUCUGGGAUUAGUUUAGAUCCCGAAGCGGCUAUCUGUGUAACUAAGAGACUACCUCCAAAGUGGACUGAUGGAGUGGAAGAAAUCCGGUAUGAGAUCUCCAGGAUAAAACAGAAGAUGAAAGAACUAGCAAGUCUGCAUGACAAGCAUCUAAACAGGCCAACUCUGGAUGACAGCAGCGAAGAAGAACAUGCCAUAGAAAUAACUACUCAAGAAAUUACACAGCUAUUCCACAGGUGUCAGAGAGCAGUCCAGACAUUACACAGCAAGUCUCGAAGCUGUACAGACCAAGAGCGGCGGCUUCUGAAGAACGUUGUGUCUUCCUUAGCCCAAUCCCUUCAGGAUCUGUCCACCAGCUUUAGGCGUGGGCAGUCGGACUACCUAAAACGUAUGAAGAAUCGGGAAGAAAGAUCCAAACAUUUCUUUGACACUUCCGUCCCUCUUAUGGAUGAUGGCGAGGACACGACACUCUAUGAUCGGGGCUUUACAGACGACCAGUUAGUAUUAGUGCAACAAAACACAGUAUUGGUGGAAGAGCGGGAGCGAGAAAUCCGACAGAUCGUACAGUCCAUUACUGAUCUCAAUGAAAUUUUUAGGGAUUUAGGAACAAUGAUAGUCGAACAGGGUACCGUUCUCGAUCGGAUUGAUUUCAAUGUUGAACAAUCAUGUGUGAAAACAGAAGAUGGAUUGAAACAACUGCAAAAGGCUGAACAGUAUCAAAAGAAGAAUCGGAAGAUGCUCGUCAUUGUCAUUCUGUUCGUUAUAGUAAUUGUCCUAAUUAUUGCUCUCAUUGCUGUGAAAUUUCGCUAGGCAACACUCCGACGAUGUUUUCCUUUUUUGUAUAUGUUUUUUUCGAAGGUAGGGGGUGAAUUUUUGUUGGUGUGUGUGAUUUUUUUUCUUCUUCUUCUCCUCUUUUUUUAAAAUUUCCUGAUGUGAAUUGUUGAACGCUCUUGAAAGCUGCCUUCUGAAUGAAUGUACGAGACCUAACGGUGCAAUGUUUCUAGGGAAACCCCUUUCCAGUUUAUAAGUUCAGCAAAUGCGAGAGAUAAUGGUUGGGAAAAAAAACAUGGACAAACAAAACUGGAAAUUCUGAAAUAGGCUAACAAAUUAGACAUCUGCUUAUACAUGUUCUUUUUUUUUAAAUUAAUGACUCAGAUGUUUCAGAAACUGUAAUGGUUUCCAUUUGAUUUGAGAACUCAAUGGUAUAGUACGCCAUCUUUUUCACUAAAAUGAGUUUUAGAUCUUGUGGGCGAUCUUUGAAGAUGAUACCAAAAACUUUGGUUUGGAGAUAAAAAUGCCUUAAAGAUAAAACUAGUUCUAUAUCACCUGGUUUUCCUCCAGAUAAAUAGCAGAUAGUUCUUACUGUAUGGUUUCAUAUUGUUAUUAACUUCUAGAGUUGUAUGUAUGAUUGGCGUGUUACUGUUUAAACUGCUAAUCAGUGCUAAAAAUUUAAAUCAUCUUCUGAAACCUCAAGUAAUCAGCAGCAUUUUCUCCAGUCUUCUUCCACUUCAACACCACGCUCUUGAAUUGAUCAUGGCUGUUUUCCAGUUGCGUGUGUUUCGAAAUAGUGUAUUAAAUCCGGAGCUCAAAGCAAAUGAUUUGCUCUCCUUACCUCACACCCUCCAAAUCUGUAUCUGUUAUUCUAAAAUUCUGGCACACUCGAUCUUCAGCUUUUCAAUAGCGAACUGGAAAAGUUGUGGUGGUAGGUACAACAUGCAACUUACUUUGGAUGCAAUAAGGCUACCUGUGUGUCUUGUCAGUUAGCUGUUUGGCUUGCAGGAAAGGCUCAGGAGAAACCUAGGGUGAUUUUUUUUUUAAAGAUCAUAUUAAGUGCUGUUCUACUGGCUACUGUGCAUCAGGAUUCUUUUGUUCCUUUGAUAACCAGUAUCUCUGCAGGAGGAUGAUUUUAGAAUACAAAGAGUUUAAUUGGUUCCUUAAACUGCUGUGCAGUUUUUAAUAUUUUCAGACUGUAGAUAAGUGAAUCAGUGGGUAUUGAUUUUGAGGAUACAGGCUUUCUACUGUACCAGCUUCUUGUAAAAGAUGAAUGGGGAAAUUGUAGCCCUCCAGAAGUUAUUGUGUUGCAAGCCCCAUCAGGUCUAUUGGGGAAGAAUGCUUGGAGUUGUAGUUCUGUAACAGCUAGGGAGAUGCACUUUUUGCCUACUGGUUCUGAAAGCAUUUUCAUUAUCAGAUGUGUUCUGGCCAAGCACAUGAAAAAUGCCAUGUUGGUUCCUGGAUAAAAUUACACGAAGGAGAGAGAUGCAAUUUCACUUGCUGUCAGUUUCAUGUACAGUACAACCCCUGUAUCUGCAGGGGAUUGGUUCCAAAUUUCCCCCACGGAUUGCUGAAAAACCAUGGAAAAUAGUGAACUCUAUAUAUAGUAUGGUUUAAAAAAAAAGCCAGAAAAAAAGUAUUUUUACUAUGUAUUAUCAGAACUGGCCACUAGAGGGGGCCAGA